UUGCUGCACUGACACUCAUCGGUCCCCUCAGACCGGCUGUGUUUGCCUUUUUUGACACCGAAACAACCGGAAGAAUGUCUGAUUUCGAGGAAUUUGAGAAGCAGCUGAGUGAGAAUCGACAGGAGAGAGAGAGAGAAAGACACAAGAAGAGGAGUCGCAGUGGAUCUCCCGCCCGAGGCGACAAGCAUCGCAGCUGGAGUAAAGACCGGGGGAGUCGCAGCCGAGAGAAGAGGAGCCGCAGCCGGGACCGGAAGAGCCGGGACCGCCGGAGCUCCUCCAGGGACCACAAGAAGCACAGUUUCUCUGGUUCCAGCCACUCUCCGAGGCGAACGAGGAAGAAAAGGACCUGCAAGUAUUGGGAUGUGCCUCCUCCUGGCUUUGAACACAUCACACCAAUGCAAUACAAAGCUAUGCAAGCGGCCGGUCAGAUACCAACGAUAGCUCUUCUGGCGACGUCCACCACCACCGGAGUGGCUGCAGCUCCGACACAAGUGCCCAUAGUCGGCAGUCAGAUGACGAGACAAGCCCGACGCCUCUAUGUCGGAAAUAUUCCCUUUGGAGUCACUGAGGAGUCCAUGGCCGAGUUCUUCAACGCUCAGAUGAGGCUCGCAGGCCUUUCACAAGCCCCGAGCAACCCCGUGCUCGCUGUGCAGAUAAAUCAGGAUAAAAACUUUGCUUUCUUAGAGUUUCGGUCCGUAGACGAGACGACGCAGGCGAUGGCCUUCGAUGGAAUCAUCUUUCAGGGUCAGUCUCUGAAGAUCAGACGACCUCAUGACUAUCGGCCUCUACCUGGUAUCUCAGAGCAGCCCGCUUUCCACGUCCCAGGCGUCGUCUCCACAGUCGUACCCGACUCCCCCCACAAACUGUUUAUAGGAGGUCUACCCAACUACCUGAACGAUGACCAGGUGAAGGAGCUCUUGACAUCGUUCGGGCCUCUCAAAGCGUUCAAUCUGGUGAAGGACAGUGCCACGUCACUGUCCAAAGGUUACGCCUUUUGUGAAUACGUAGACGUCAGCGCCACCGAUCAGGCAGUUGCUGGGCUCAACGGGAUGCAACUAGGCGACAAGAAGCUGAUCGUCCAAAGGGCGAGUGUGGGAGCUAAGAACGCCAAUCCUACCUCCAUCAUAGAAACCCCGGUGACGCUGCAGGUCCCCGGGCUUCAGAGGCUGCAGAACUCGGGCAUGCCCACGGAGGUGCUGUGCCUCCUCAACAUGGUGAUGCCAGAGGAGCUGGUGGACGACGAGGACUACGAGGAGAUCCUGGAAGACAUCCGCGAGGAGUGCUGCAAGUACGGCAGCGUCCGCUCCAUCGAGAUCCCCCGACCCGUCGACGGUGUGGAAGUCCCUGGCUGCGGAAAGGACCUGACUGAAAAUGUUUCCUCUCCAGAUCUUUGUGGAGUACGAUUCUGCUGCCGACUGUCAGAAAGCCAUGCAAGCUCUCACUGGCCGCAAGUUCGCCAACAGAGUGGUCGUCACCAAAUACUACGAUCCGGACAUGUAUCACAGACACGAGUUCUGAAAGAACAGACAAGUCCCUGCUUUCUUUUUUUGUGAGCUCGGGGUUCAGUCGGUUUCUUUACUCCUCUGAAUGUCGUGAACGCGUCAAGGGGAAAGACUCGUUUUAAUACGUCUUCUACUUAACAAACUGGACUGCAGCUGUGUUUCUUCACUGAAUAUCUAACUCCCAGCUUUAGCUUGAACACUCACACAGUGAACAUUCUGACUCUAAAAAGUUCUCCAUUAGAUUUGUAGUAGAAUGAUUGUGACAUGUAUCUUACCUAAACUAAUACUGCCUGACGAUGCCAGAGUAGCUGUCUUAUCGAGUAUGCACUAUAUGAGAAAAAAACAAACAGUCAAAUGUUUAGAUUUCACUCCUGAGCACAAACAUUCAUUUAUCUGUUUUAGAUUUAAGGAGCCAUCAUUCAUGUUUAUUG